AUGACCUGCUGUGAAGGAUGGACAUCCUGCAAUGGAUUCAGCCUGUUGGUUCUACUUCUGUCGGGAGUAGCUCUCAACGCAAUACCUCUCAUUGUCAACAGACUUGAGGAAGGCGAAUUUUUUAAAAACCCCAUCUCUUGCUUUGAGUGGUGGUUCCCAGGAAUUAUAGGAGCAGGUCUGAUGGCUAUUCCAGCAACAACAAUGUCUUUGGCAGCGAGGAAAAGAGCAUGCUGCAACAACAGAGGCGGGAUGUUUCUUUCAUCAUUUCUGAAUAUAAUCACAAUAGUUGGUGCUGUGUACUGCGUGCUGGUAUCCGUGCAGGCUCUCUUGAAAGGUCCUCUCAUCUGUAACUCUCCAGGCAACAGUACCUGUGAAUUUUCAGUAGACAAAUUAAGGAUUUCUCCCCAAUCCUUCAAUCUACAGUGGUACUUCAAUGGAUCUUGCGUAGCUCCUAACAGUUUAAAUUCUUCCACCACGAAUGACACCAUGGCCAGUGACUUGAAAAAAUACAACUUGCAAGAAAAGAGGCACAAGACUAUCCAUUUCUCAGUAUUUGUAGGCCUACUGCUUGUGGGGAACCUUGAGCUCCUGUGUGCACUCAGUCAGAUUGUCAUCGGUUUCCUGGGCUGUCUGUGUGGAGUCUCCAAACGAAGAAGUCGAAUUGUGUAACAAAAUGGAAAUAUAAGCAGUUUGAAUCAUCUGAGAAUUACAUUUAAAAGAUACCCUUUUAGAAGUUAGAAGUUCAUUAACAGAACAUUAGCUAGAAAGUUGUAUUAAUCCUUCUAGUCCAAAAGGUUGUUUUUAAGGUGAUUUAAAAAAAAAAUCAGCCUUUUACAUAUAAUGCUGGUAAAUGCAAACCACUUUCAUAAGAAAAAGUAAAUACCACCAGUAGUUGACUUUGGGGUGCAGUGACGCUUUCAAUGUGUUUUGAAUCCUUUUGUGCUGUUUGAAUUUUUUAACUCUACAUUCUUGUGUGAGGAGAGGAAAAGAGGGAGGGGAAAGGAGAUGGGUGAUGGAGGAAGGGAGAACGAGAGGGAACAAGUUAUCUUGGAAGUCAAAGUAGGGGACCUUUUCCUUGUACUUCUUUAUACUUUAAGAAAAAAUAACUAUCUAACCUGAAUGUAAUCAAGUUUUUUAUACCGAAUUCCUCACUUACUGGAAAUCCAGGGAGAGAGAGACUCAAAUCCUAAAGGUAGGACAGUAAAUAGCCUUCUGUUUUCAACAAGAACAUGUACAGGGAAAAAACAAGUGGAAUGUAUUGAGGAAACUAUUCUAUAUUGAGAACAAAGAGAUGUUAUUCAACUAAAUGUAUUAUACAGACCUUAUAGGGAAAAUAGGGCAAAGUUGUACAGGAUUGGUUUGGGUAAUAUUAAGGACUUAUUGUGAAUAUUUACGGCUGAUAAUGGCUUUAUGGUAAUAUAAAAAAAAGUCCUUAUUUUUUAGAAAUGCAUGUUUUUGUGUUUGGGGGAAAAUGUCAUGUUUUUAAAAUACGUCAACCAAAAAUAAAGCAAUUGAAAAAUGUUCAUUGUUAUAUAUAUAGGGACAGGAAUAUAGUGAGUCAUUAUACUUUUCUAUUUUCCUAUGUUUGCAUUUUUCACAAUAA